CUACGAUCCGGCUCAGACGUUCCACAGUUGCGGCACAGUGAAGAAGCGCGAGAGAGAGCGGCCGAGAGAAUCUGCCACCGAAAUCUAACAACUGAACCCGACAAAAAAACUGGUCAAGAACCGAAUCACUGAAUAAACACAUCAUUAACACAGCUCAGACCCCAAUGCGAUUGAAGUAGAAUGUGGAAAUAUUUGCUGAUUUGUGUGGUGAUGAGUGCCCUCAACGAGGAAUCUUCGGCGGCUGGCCAGCAGCCGAGACGACGUCGCGGUUAUACCGGCGGCUAUGCUGCCGGCAUUGCCAGCAGCGGCGGCGGAGGCGGAGGCGUGGGCCACAGCAGCUAUGUGAGCACAGGUGGCGGUGGAGGCGGAGGCUACUACGACUACGAUGACUAUGAUGGCAACUCGCCCAACUUUGGCAUCAUCGAUCCGUAUCUGUUCCAUCAGCAGCUGACGAACCACAUUCUGGCCCAGAACUACGCGAACCAACAAGCUAUAACGGGUCUGGCCACGGCUGGCAAUGCUUUUGCAUCUGCGGAUGCCUCUCUAGUCGACGACGACGACACUCGCAUCCAGCAGCAGAUUGCCGCACAGCAGGCCUACCACGACAAUCUGGUGCGUCAGAACCGCUACAGGGGAGGCUCGGGUUCGGGCUCGGGCUCGGGCUCGGGUUCAUCCAGCGGCUCCUACAACUCCCAUCGCUAUGCACCCAGCUAUGCCGCUGCCUCGGGCUCCAUUGGACCCAAUGGGCAUCGCCAGACGGCCUACAUUAGUCCUGCUAAUGCGGCCUCGCCCAACAUUGUGAAUCGUUUCGGUGGCUCAUCCUCGGGUGGUGGCGGCGGCUACAAAGGAGUCUCCGUCUCCUCCUACAGCCACAGCAAUGGCGAUGGCACCAGUCGUCGCGGUGCUCAGACCACUGUCAAUGACAAUGGUAAGGUCACCUCGUACUCGACGCACUCUUAAAGGGAUUCCAAUCGUUUCAAUAUCGACUUACAUUUCGUUUCGUUUGUAUGACAGAAAAAAUAAAUAUUUUUUUCUA